AGUGAGUAAAACGUAGAAGAGUGAGACAGGAAGGAAAGUGCGGCGCGGAGUGCGGGGAGCCGUGUGUUAGGUAGCGGGUUGGGGGUCCGGCUCGUCGUGCGUCGCAAUUCGCUGAAGGCUGCAGGGCUGCACGCAAGAUGUCGAAGAACACGGUGUCGGACCGCUUUAGGAAGGUCGACGUCGAUGAAUACGACGAGAACAAGUUUGUGGAUGAGGAGGAAGGAGGAGAAAAUCAGCUCGGGCCGGAUGAGGCAGAAGUGGACUCACUGAUCAGACAAGGGAACUUAGUGGGCGCUUUGCAAGCGGUUCUCAAGAAUCCCCCAAUCAACACGAAGAACCAGAAUGUCAAGGAUCGAGCAGAGGGGCUGGUGCUAAAAGUGCUUAGCUCCUUCAAGAGUGGGGACAUCGAUAAGGCUGUGCAGUCAUUGGAUAAAAACGAUGUGGACCUCCUCAUGAAAUACAUCUACAAGGGCUUCGAGAAGCCCUCAGAAAACAGCAGUGCUGUCCUCUUGCAGUGGCACGAAAAGGCUCUCUCUGCUGGAGGAGUGGGCUCCAUCGUUCGAGUGCUGACUGCGAGGAAGACUGUCUAACUGCGGCCUACACGCGCACUGUGAUUGGCUGGUACAUUGGAUCCAGUAAGAUCUGUUCACAGGUCACCAUGUGGGUCUUCAUCUCCAUCUGUUCUUUCCUUGUUACCUUCGCUCGUCUUUUAUUAUCUCCUCUCAGGCUAGUUGCAGACGGCACGUUGAUUGGGGAUGGCUUGUGCAGACAUGCUGCCUGGUGGCCUAAUUUGGCUUUCUGUAGGUGCGCUUAGAACUAUCUCCAUCCGUAGACAUUCCUUUUAAUAAAGAAUAGAGCUCACCCUUUACAUUUCAUUUGUAUGGACUGUAACGCACUCAACUGACAGCGGUUACAUUUGACUCCCUGUGAUCCACAAUGACAUAAGAUAAAAGCAAAUGCAUUGGGCUGAUCUUUUCUGCCCUUUAAAACACGCCUACUGCUCUUGGAACAGCAGAGGAGUGCUUGAGAGACCAAGCUUCUUUCCCUUUUAUUUUAUAAGCCAAAUUGUUUUUGUUUACUCAUGCUAACUGUGUUUUACUGGGGCACCUUCUCAGCACUGCCUCUCGCCCCUAAUGCUGCCAGGUCUUUCGGGGAGGCUGAUGCCAUCACACCCUCACUUUCCCAUCAUCCACUCACACGUGUGGUGCUUUAACUGUAAAUUGUAAACCUGCCUUGCCUUUGGGAUUGUUGGUGUCUGGAGCCGAAUCAUUUAUUUUCCCAGUUCCUCUGUUUAAUGCUAAAAGCUGCAGUAAUUAUCUUUAUAAGGGAGACAUGCUGCCAGUCACUAUAACAACGAUUUUUACGCAUUCAGAGUAACGACUAAUAAUAAUAGUAGCAGUAAUAAAAAUAAUAGUAAAACACAGGAAGAAGUAACCACAUACUUUUAUUAUCAAGAUGUGAGUUACGUGUAGAAAGACAUUUGUGCAAAAUUACUUACGCAGUAUGUUAGUACAACAAAGAAAUGUGACAAGAUACAUUUCUGAUGCCCAUUGUCUCCUGCAGAGACACAGUCUGAUGACUCAUUUUCUGCCAGUGCAAUGCGAAUCCUGCACCCUUGUUAAAUAGAGCGCCAUCUCUGUCCAACUGUCCUCAGUUCUGGCCAAUGUGCGUUUCGCUCAAAAACUGCACGUUUCUCAGGUUACGCCUCUGUAAAAAAAUUAUGUUAUUGUCAGCCCCCAUCCUCAUGAAGCAGCGGGUGCCAGAUUGUUAAGGCACAGCUCUCUGUCAUAGACUAGGCCUAUUUAUAUCAAGCAUAGAAUCCUUUUUUAUGUUGCAUUUCUUUAAAUUGAACUUUUGGACCAAAAAUCUUCAGAAAGUUAUUUUUUUAUUUAAAGGGAGAAUUUCAGAAAAAGCUGGUCGUUCUGAGCAAAUGAUCAGAAGGGUGGUUACUUUGCAAGGUGGAAAUUUAUACAUUUUAAAAUCACAUCAGCAGUCUAUUUUGUUUUUCCUACUGAGUCAGUCGUCACCCUGUAUGAAACUCAUCCGUAUUACAUGUUGAAAGACACCCAAAGUUUUAUUGGUGUUUCACCAGUUAAUAUAUAGGGGUUCAGCCUUUUUUAAGCCUUUGAUCAAAUAAUUGUUUUAUUGUAGUGAAUUGUAGUAUUUUCCUGGUCAAUUAAGUGCAAGUUUACUACAGAACUGGUGUAAAAAUGCCUUAUCACCUGUUUUAUGUUUGUGUUUUUGCGACAAAAUAAACAGACACAUUGCAGAA